AGCCGUCGAGUUAGCAAGAUGAGCUGUGAGGUGCACUACGACGCCGCCUCGCGCACUUGGUUCGGGCCGCGUGGCAAGGACUUCUACGGCCCUGAGAUGACCCUGGGCGAGGUCAUCAUGCGCGUGCUCCAGAUCAACGCCGACCAGGUGAUGCAGCACUGCGACCCCACCGGCGAGGAGCUUACCGGCGCACAGCUGGCUCAGCAGAGUGCACGGAUAGCCCAGGCCUUCAAGCGGCUGGGCCUGUAUCGGGGCGAUGUCAUCGGUAUAUCGGCGAACAACACGACCUAUCUGACCAGCGUGGUCAUAGCGGCCCUGCUCCGAGGAAUACCGAUAAAUCCACUGCAUCCGGAGUUCGCAGAAGAGACGGUCAAGUACAUGUAUGACAUAACGGAACCCAAGUUGAUAUUCUGCGAUGUGGAGAACUAUCCCACAAUCCAGGCGGUCAAUCAGAGAUUGGUCACUCCUGCCACCAUCUACCUGUUGAAUGGACGGCUCGAGGGAGUGCGAGACGUCAGCGAACUGCUCAACGAGGAUGAAUCCAUCACAGCAGCAGCAUAUGUGCCCUGUCCCAAGCUACAUGGUGAUCACACGGCCUUCAUUGUGUGCUCCUCCGGCACGACGGGCAUGCCCAAGGGAGUGACGCGCUCACAUCGGAGUUUGCUCUGCAACUGCAAGAUUCCCAAUACCUACACUAGGGACAGCAUUCUGCUGUCCUUUAGUCCUUUGUACUGGAUAUCCGGGACGAUAAUCCUGCUGGCCUCGCUGCUGAAUGGAUGCCGGCGCAUCAUCACCAAUCGACCCUACAGUGUGGACUACUUGCUCCAGCUGGUGGCCACACAUCGGGUGACCUUCCUCUUCCUGGCCUCCCACCAGAUCGCACUGCUCUCCAAGCACGACAGCGACUUUGAGAAGCUGAAAGCCCAGCUGGAGUCCAUUCGAGUGCUGAUCGGUGCCGGAUCGAAGGUUUGCAAGGCGGUCUCCCGGCGCAUGUAUGAGCUGAUCGGCAACCAGAGGUUCAUCAUUGGCUACGGCCUCUCAGAGAUGGGAGGACUGAGCAAGAACGUCGGCGGUCCGCUCGGCUGCGAGGGCAAGGUCAUGCGGAAUGUGGAGCUGCGCGUCCUGGACAAACUAAAGAUGCCACUGGGCAUCAACGAGGUGGGGAUCAUAUACGCCCGCCUGCGCUAUCACUGGGAGGGCUACUACCGCAAUCCGGAGGCAACCGCGGGGACACUCAGCCCCGAUGGCCAGUGGUUCCGCACGGGGGACAUUGGCUACCUCGACAGCGAGGGUUACCUGUACAUCCAGACCCGCGACACGGAUGUCUUCAAGUACAACAACUUCCAGAUCUAUCCGGAGCAGAUCGAGGAGUUCAUCCUGCGCCUGCCCGGCGUCAGCGAGGCCUGUGUGUUCGGGGCGCCCGAUUUGGUGGCCACCAACCUCACGGCCUGUGCUGUGGUGCGAACAGCCAGCCUGGAGGGUCAGUGUCUGAAGGCGGAUCAGAUAAGGAGCAUUGUGGAGCGGCACUUGAGCGGCGCCUAUCACAUCAGGGGCGGCGUCUUCUUUGUCGGGAGUCUGCCCAAGACAUCCAACGAUAAGUUGCAGCGACGCAAGGUCCUGGGUCUGAUACAGCAGUUGGGAAUCGAGGCUGAAUAAAGUUUGAUCCUAGACGGUU